GCUAACAGAUGAGAGAGUGUUCUUCUUUCUCAGUGGCCGGAAGCUUAGCUUCUGCCCUCGUUCUCGUCGUCGUCUUCUUCACUUCAGGUUUCACACUCACAGUUUGGUGAAAUUAGUACAGUAACAAAUUCAUAGAGAGUUAGUCGCCAGUCGAUCUUAAAAAUGGAGAACAACGACGUAUUAGGAUCAUCAACUGCACCAUUGACGUGGCAUGAUUUUCUUCAGCGCAUGCGUGAUCCAUCCGCCGCCGAUUUCGUCAAAGGCAUCAAAAGUUUUAUUGUAUCAUUCUUGAAUAAUGCUCCAGAUGCAGAGAAGGACAGUGCAGCUGUGCAGGAGUUCCUCGGAAAUAUGGAAACAGCAUUCAGAGCUCAUUCACUUUGGGCUGGAUGUUCUGAAGAGGAGUUAGAGAGUGCUGGUGAAGGACUUGAGAAGUAUGUUAUGACAAAGCUAUUUACACGUACAUUUGCUUCAUUUCCUGAAGAUGUGAAAGUUGACGAACAGCUUCAUGAGAAAAUAGCUUUGAUUCAACAAUUUGUUAGGCCUGAGAACUUGGAUAUCAAACCAGUAUUUGAAAAUGAAUCAUCAUGGUUGCUAGCGCAGAAGGAGCUUCAAAAGAUAAAUAUGUACAGGGCACCAAGGGACAAACUUGUGUGUAUUCUUAAUUGUUGCAAGGUUAUCAAUAACCUCUUGACUUCUGUUUCAGCAAACGAAAACCCUCCAGGAGCUGAUGAUUUUCUUCCAGUUCUCAUAUAUGUCACCAUAAAGGCUAACCCCCCUCAACUGCACUCAAAUCUAUUGUACAUACAAAGGUUUAGGCGGCAAACUCGCUUGGUUUCUGAAGCUGCAUACUUCUUCACAAACAUUCUUUCUGCAGAAUCUUUCAUUUUGAAUAUCGAUGCAAAGGCUCUUUCUAUGGAUGACACCGAGUUUGAAACAAAUAUGGAAUCUGCUCGAGCACUUCUUGCUGGUCUUUCAGACGACAACAAUGUACUGGGUCAAAGUGAUCAGAAGUUUGGACCUGUUCCUGGAUCAGACACUUAUGAGGCUAAACUAAGUUUUAGGUCAAAUAGGCCUCAAAGCCCUGCUACACUGCCAAAAUUCUCAGUUGCAUCAACAGAAACAAAAUCCAAGAACGAGGAUCCAUAUGUCAAAAGUCAGUCAUCAAUGGAAAAGAUUCCAUCACUCUCGGAUCUAGAAAACAGAGGGGCUGGUAUGCUUAUGAAGGAGGAUAGUGUCAGCCAAGUGUUUCAAAGUUUCCCCUACCUAUAUUCCCAGGCUGGUGACCUAACAGUUGGUGAUGUCGAAGAACUACUAACCAAUUACAAGCACCUCGUUUUCAAGUAUGUUUGCCUUGCUAAAGGAUCCGGCAUUGGCAAUCCAUCUCCACCAUUGCCCAAUAAUCAAGGACAAAGUCAACUCCCUGAAUCUGAAAUCACCACUGAAUCAAAAGCCACCUCAGCAGGAGAGCCAAAUGAUGAGAUGCAAAAGGAUGGUCCCGAGGAUUCAAGUUCAGUACUUUCUCAGUCUCUUGAGAGUGAUGAAUCCAAGUUAAAGGAAAAUGAAGUUGUUUCAGGUAGAGGUGAAGAAGGGAGCGAAGUUUUGCAAAUAUAAUUCAGUGGAAAACUAAUGUAGAAUCAUGUUAUUGUUUAUGUUGUUUCUGUCUGUUUAGCAACAGAAUGAGGAUCCACUUGAUUCUUUCUGGACAGUAUAAUAGAAGUCAGAAAUCCUGAUCUU